CCAUACCAGCAUCCCGAUCACCGCCAUACCCCAUACCAUGUCAUGUUCACCUCCAUACCCCAUACUAACGUCCUGAUCACUGCCAUACAUCAUACCAACGUCCUGAUCACUGCCAUACAUCAUACCAACGUCCUGAUCACUGCCAUACAUCAUACCAACGUCCUGAUCACUGCCAUACAUCAUACCAACGUCCUGAUCACUGCCAUACAUCAUACCAACGUCCUGAUCACUGCCAUACAUCAUACCAACGUCCUGAUCACUGCCAUACAUCAUACCAACGUCCUGAUCACCGCCAUACCUCAU